UUGCUUUCUAUCGAUUACCUACCGAAUACCUUGGAAUACCUACCGUAUCCCUCAUCAAACCGCACGUAAACCGCACAUAAAAACAUCAAGAAUAAGAUCUACAAAAUAUACAGAGGAAAAUUGGUUGAAGGACAUCAUGGCACCCUCCAAAGAAAAGAAACCAUCUACUGACUGGAAGAAAUGGGUAAAAUUUGAGUACAUGCGGCUGCGGGCGCUGCGCCGUUACAAGCGGGCCGAUGAAAUUAAAUCGGCGUGGAACGAGAACCGGCAGCUGCUGUCAGACCAGCUGCUCGACGAGGACCGCCGCCAGCUCUCCUGCCGCGCCGUCUGGGUGGCGCCCGUCGAAAAGCAGCUCCAGGGCAAGAUUAACAAGAUGGCGGUGGCCGAUGUGAUGUGCGGGGAGAGGCGCGAUAAGCACAGCGUGCCGCUGAGGAUGCUUUAUCAGGCCAACCCGCUGCCCACCAUGUACAAGUGGUCGCCGAUACAGAACAACUUCAUGGUGGAGGACGAGACCGUGCUGCACAACAUCCCGUACAUGGGGGACGAGGUGUUGGACAAGGACGGCUCCUUCAUCGAGGAGCUCAUCAAAAACUACGACGGCAAGGUGCACGGCGACCAGGAGCCCGGCUUCAUCGACGACGAGAUCUUUGUCGAUCUCGUGAAGGCGCUCAUCCCUCACCAGAACAAGGACGGCGGCGAGUCGGAGACUGACAGCGGGGACCCGCCCCAGCCGACGAUGGCCGUGUUCGAGGCCAUCUCGGACAUGUUCCCCGACAGAGGAUCGCCCAGGGAGCUCAAGGAAAAGUACCAGGAGCUGAUCGACCCCCAGGCGCUGCCUCCCGAGUGUACCCCGAACAUCGACGGGCCCAGCGCUCAGUCGGUGCCGCGGGAGCAGACGAUGCACUCGUUCCGCACGCUCUUCUGCCGCCGCUGCUACAAAUACGACUGCUUCCUGCACCGUCUGAAGUCGUACCACCCGGGACCCAGCACGCACAAGCGCAAAACUCCUGACCUGCCCAUCUCUACGGAGCCGUGCGGCGAGAACUGCUACCUGCAUUUGGACGGCGAGCGGGAUAAGAUCGUGGCGCGCCUCCAGCCGACGGAGGAGGAUGCCGCCGACAGACAGAGGAAGACGCCCAAGCCGUGGUCGGUCGACUCGGGAAACGAGGCCAGCUCGGAGGACAGCAACGACAGCGUGCACCCGGAGACCACCAAAUCGGCACUCACGGGCGCCCUGCAGGGCGUGGUGACCAGCAUGGACCGCAGUCGCCGCCGGACCGGCUCCGGUGACGCCUCCACCGGUACGGCCGCCUCGGGCGUCUCCCCGGACCCUACCGUCGAGGACGAGGCGUGGACGGGCGCCGACCAGAGUCUGUUCCGCGCCCUGCACCCCAUCUUCCUCAACAACUACUGCGCCGUCGCCCAGGCCAUGAUCUCCAAAACGUGCCAGCAGGUGUACCGGUUCGCCCAGGAGGAGGCGUCCAACCUGCCGGCCGAGGAACACGUCAAAGACGCCACGCCGCCGCGCAAAAAGAAGAAGAAGCUCCGUCUCUGGUCAGUGCACUGCCGCAAGAUCCAGCUGAAGAAGGACUCUUCGAGCAACCACGUGUACAACUACACACCGUGCAACCACCCGGGCCAGCCGUGCGACGAGACGUGCUCGUGCGUGGGCGCGCAGAACUUCUGCGAAAAGUUCUGCCAGUGCUCCCUCGACUGCCAGAACCGGUUCCCGGGCUGCCGGUGUAAGGCGCAGUGUAACACCAAGCAGUGUCCGUGUUUCCUGGCGGUGCGCGAGUGUGACCCGGACCUGUGCCGCAGCUGUGGAGCCCACCACCUGCAGGUGGACAAGAUCCAGUGCAAGAACGUCUCAGUGCAGCGCGGCCUGCACAAACACCUGCUGAUGGCACCCUCUGACGUGGCCGGUUGGGGCAUCUUCCUGGAGGAUUCGGCGCAGAAGAACGAGUUCAUAUCAGAGUACUGCGGCGAGGUGAUCACCCAGGACGAGGCUGACCGGCGCGGCAAGGUCUACGACAAGUACAUGUGCUCGUUCCUCUUCAACCUCAACAACGACUUUGUCGUGGACGCCACGCGCAAGGGCAACAAGAUCCGAUUCGCCAACCACUCCAUCAACCCCAACUGCUACGCCAAGGUGAUGAUGGUCAACGGCGACCACCGGAUCGGCAUCUUCGCCAAGCGACCCAUCCAGCCCGGCGACGAGCUGUUCUUCGACUACCGAUACGGACCCACCGAGCAGCUGAAGUUUGUCGGCAUCGAGCGAGAGAUGGAGUUCCUGUGAUGGCACGCCCACUACUAGACCUCCAUAGCCGGGCCACGUGACACCUGGCGCCGUGCGAACACCCGCGCCAAGUGUAACUGAGUCAAUGUGGCAGCCCGUGGGACACCCGAGCGCCGCCACGUGCCGCGCUGGGUAUCUAAGCGAUUUCGUCAAUGUUCAACAAUAGGAUCUCGAUCAUUCAAUCAAAUGCAUCAGAACGGGGAUUUCUGCGAAGGCUUCAUGUGCGAGAGUCAGUUAAUGUGAACUGAACUGGAUGAGUCGUGCAAGUCCAAUGACGGCCGAUUGUCGUUCAUUCACCUUAGCCCAGCGGAGGGCUUUGCUGCAGGAGCAAGGUGUGGGUGUGAUAGACUGAAAUGACAGGCGCGACAUUCAGAUGUGUCGCCUUUUAGUGACUGAAAUACCAAUGUUGUGAUGUCGCGGUUCAGGCAGGCGUUCAAUGCUCACGAUUGCGCCGUAGACUGUCGAACACUAACAGUGUCCUCGGUGACAUAUUCGAGCUCGAUCGUGUUGGGAGUAUCAACUCUAACGGGACAGGAGCCUGGCCAUCUACGGCAUCGGUACGCUGCACCGCACGGGUGCCGCUCCUAGUGUGAGGAGAGUUUGUUGCGCUGGGUGUGUUGUGGAUCACCUCCGGCCAACGGAGUUUGGUUUCUGGAGAGACUAAAACACUGGAGGAACGCGACGAUUCCCCUGGGGGAUCGGGGAUGCACUAUAGGUGUUAGGAUAAUGAGAAGAGCAGAUUCGAGUCCACGAGGCAGACCUGCGAGCCCGCUGAGCAGAUUCGUGAGCGGAUUUUAGCGACUGUAUCGAGGUGAUUCAUCUAGGAAUACCCACAGGUUGGGUUGAACCAGAGUGGUUGUAAGCAAGGCCAAGGCAGAUUUGUGUAGGAAGCACCGGUAUAUUGCUCAUACCAGUUUUCGCCGACGCAGUCAUAUCGAGGCAUUAACGACAUGUGUUCGAUAAUGUGAAUACUCUCAUUGGAUAGAAGUUUCAUACUGGUCGGAUUCAGGCGAUUCGGGCAUCAUCGCACACUUCAUACCGAAUUUUGCUCAAUCAGACACUGUUUUACUUGCCAACCCGCCGCUUCAGUACCGACGCUGAACAACCAUGGAACCAUUUUCGCAGUUCAAUAUAACAGCUGAUGUACACCAA